AUGAGGAGGAAGGAGGAUGAGAAGGCCACUAACAUCAAGGCGGUGACCCGUUCCUGUAGGUUCAUGCUCUACAACAUUCGCAGAGUACGACCCUGCCUCACACAGGAAGCGGCGCAGGUCCUAAUCCAGGCACUUGUCAUCUCCCGUCUGGACUACUGCAACUCGCUGUUGGCUGGGCUCCCUGCCUGUGCCAUUAAACCCCUACAACUCAUCCAGAACGCCGCAGCCCGUCUGGUGUUCAACCUUCCCAAGUUCUCUCACGUCACCCCGCUCCUCCGCUCUCUCCACUGGCUUCCAGUUGAAGCUCGCAUCCGCUACAAGACCAUGGUGCUUGCCUACGGAGCUGUGAGGGGAACGGCACCUCCGUACCUUCAGGCUCUGAUCAGGCCCUACACCCAAACAAGGGCACUGCGUUCAUCCACCUCUGGCCUGCUCGCCUCCCUACCUCUGAGGAAGUACAGCUCCCGCUCAGCCCAGUCAAAACUGUUCGCUGCUCUGGCACCCCAAUGGUGGAACAAACUCCCCCACGACGCCAGGUCAGCGGAGUCAAUCACCACCUUCCGGAAACAACUGAAACACCACCUCUUUAAGGAAUACCUAGGAUAG